UUCCAAGACACGAAACAUGGCUCCGCUUAGACGAUACUUGAGGAUCACGAAGCACUCUGUCCUGGAAGUGCGCAUCUACCUCGAUCGACCAGCUGACACAGAGGCAUGGCUAUUGAAAAGCGAUAAUCCAGCCCUUCCACGCGUCAUCCAAGCGAUACGUCCGCUUGUACUUCCUAAACUCCGAGAAGAGAAUCAACGGGGCAAAGGCCGGGGAGGCACUAAAGCAAAGAAGAAGGGUGUCAAGGAUGUUGUUGUCGAGGGUGCAGCUCGCAUCUUACAACCGUCUAACAUCAUGCCAGAUGACUUUGAGGUAUCAAUCUUUUUGACAGAGCUCUCAUCCCGUCACUCCAUCUUGACGAAGCAAAAGACGUUCAAGGACAAGGCUCGCAUUCAGAGCAACUCUGGAAAGCUCACCGGCUGGCUGACCACGGGAACCAGUAAUCAGCCGCUUAUGAUUGAUGAAGAAGCCAUGGAUCCGAUAGUGAUCAGAGACGAUGAGGACGAAGAAGCAAUCAACCUGGCUGAUAUCCCCGAAGCUGACGUGAGCAGCCCGAGCAACAGCGAGGGGUCAGACUUGUUUGUACCUGGGCCGGGCACAAGGCGAAGCAAGACAAAAGAAGGUCCAAGGGCCAGAGAGCAGGGUGAAGAUGACGACAAGCUGCAAGAAGACGAUAAGAAGAAGCUUGGCCUCAACACAUCAUACGAUGGCUUUAGCAUCUAUGGGCGCAUAUUGUGCCUCGUGGUAAAACGCCGUGGCGCGAGAAAUCACGCAGGAAGUGGCGCACCGUCAAGCCAGGCCAUGUUGGAGAACUGGGUUUCCACACAAGCCGCUGCCGAACAGGUCGAUGACGACGAAGACGGUGGUGGAUGA